GUUAAAUCAAGAUCAACAUUAAAGCUGUAAAUAUGGCAGAGGAGGACGUGAGCUAUGCUUCACUGAACAUCAAAAGUAAGAAGCAGCCCCAAUCACAAGGCAAAAAUGAGAAUGAGACGAUAUAUGAUGAAGUUAAGGUGAAUGAAGAGGCUAAAGCAGUGGAUGAUACUGAAGUGGAGAACCAGAGUGAACGUUUUCAGCAAACUCUUGACAAAAAGGAACUUCUGCCAGACAAGGCAGCAGAAAGAUGUCGCCGCUAUCAGCAGCUGUGUUGCUGCUUUGGGACUCUGUGUGUCAUUUUGGUGCUGAGUGUCAUUGGAGUCUGUGUUUAUUUUACAACAGUUUCUGAGAGCACUUCAAAUGAGCUGAACCAGCUGAUAUCAACCCAAAAGGAAAAAAUCCAAAACCUGACUGACCUCAACAACAAACUCAGUUCAGACAAAUCCAACCUGACUUCGGUUUCCAUGGCCUUAAAAAACAACAUCACCACACUGACAGCAGAGAAUCACAACCUGACUUCUCUUAAUGAGGAGCUGAAGGAACAAAAGAAAAACCUGACAGAAAUAAUAAAAAACAUGGAGGAAACCUGGGAUGGUCUCAAUGUCAGUCGAGCUCAAUGGAGCAUUGAUGAAUACUGUCCUAAAACAAAUGCUGGGAGAAGUUGCAAUAAUUGCCAGAAAGGCUGGACUUACAAACUUUCCAGCUGUUAUGCUUUUAGCGAUGGUCCACCGCCUGAACAACUGACCUGGGAAGAUGCACAAAAACACUGCAAACAGAUGAUUUCAGAUCUGACUGUUGUUUCUAACCAGGAAGAAAAGGAUUAUGUCCAAACACAAAGUCCUGCUAUUUCAGGCAUUAAUGGAUACUGGAUUGGUCUCAGAGCUGUAGGAGGGAAAUGGAAAUGGACUGAUGGAAGUGAUCUGACCAAUCAAGCCUGGAUGCAACAACCUGCAGCUGAUGGUCAAUGUGUAACUUCUCGCCAGGACCGACAAUGGAAAUCUGUGAACUGUACUGAUAGAAACUCCCGGAUCUGUGAGAAGAAGGCUUUAUCUGUUUAAACAUGAAAUGUUGAGGUUUUUUGACAAGCUGUUUGAAAAACCUUAUUUCAGAAUUAUGCAAUUUUCUGGUUGAUUUUUUUUUACAAGCUCAUUUUAAAAGGCUUUACAAGUUUCACAUGUUUUUCUGACAAUUUGUCUGAAAGUUGUAAAUUUAAAGUUUAUCAACAGAAUCAAAAGCCAGACAAAAUGAUUUUUAUGGUUUCUGAAGUUUUUACUGAUGGUUUUUGAAAUAACUUUGCAUGGCUUCAGCAUGAUUUUAUAUUCCCACUGCCUGUGAAUAUUUUUUCAAUAGUUAACGUGAUUAGUGUAUAUAUCUAUUACUGAA